GGAUAAAGAACUUUUUCUUUAAAGCAUGUUUGCCUGACAGACUGAAGGAGAAAAGUGCUGAGCAUAUGGAGUAUGUGUCCCAAGGUAGAGGAUGAGAUGAAAGUCCAGGGACUUUUUACUUUAUGGGCAUUUACAAUCUUGUGCUUGAUUUCAUACACUGCUGCAUUUUCCCAUGGUGCCAGUCUAUCGGCAUGUACCGACAUGAGACCCAAACAUAUCAGAGCUCACCUUCAGAAUCCACAAAAUAACUAUAUUACCAUCCACACCAAUAUGUCCUCCUUUUUCCCAGGUGAAAGGGUACCAGUCACAGUGAGGAGCACACGUGAUUUCAUGGGCUUUAUGCUUCAGGCUCGCAGGGUAUCAAACGAUCAAAUUGCCGGCACUUUUGUUUACGUUCCUCCUGGCUCAAAACUGCUGACUUGUUUUGAAGAUGACGAUACUGUCACCCACUCAGACAAGUCACUGAAGAGAAAUCUGUCCUUUGUCUGGAAGGCACCAGAUCAGCCUAUUGGAGACAUCCGGUUCUUUUUAUCAGUAGUCCAGUCAUACUUUGUUUACUGGGCAAGGAUUGAAUCUUCCACUGUGUCUCAACAAAUGCAAAACAGAACUACUGCUGACGGUAGCGUCGUUUCCAGUGCUAUAAAACCAACACCUCUUCAGGGGCCUCCUGUUCCAAAACAAGCAUUUACUGCAGGCAAAGUUUCUGCUCCCUACGCCAUCUUAACUCAGUUUGCAAAAUUGACACCAACAAGCCUGACUCAGAUUACAGCCACACAUGUUUUGGAUCCGACAUAUAGUGGACAACAAAUCUCUGAGCUUCCUGACAAUGGAAAUCAUCUCUCUGAAUCCUUUGUUGACUCCAACAGUUCACGGGCCAUCAAUCAAAAUGGAGAAAGGCAAGCUAAUGGGAGUGGCACAGGCAAUGAUCUCACACUGGAGUCCUCACUUCAGUCCCAGGACUUCAGUUUCAUAGCAGCCCAAGACUCCACCAGCCGCAGCACAUACAAUAGGACCAAAAAUACUUCAAGUAUUCCUGAAUCACUGCUGUGUUCAAAAUGUAAGCAAGACAUGGAGGAGGUUUCUGUGACACCUAAUUUUGGCAUAAGCCAGUUUCCACUACCCAAUACAGCUUCACUUUUGGUCCAGCUUUGGAACCCACAACCACUUUCAGGCAUGGAAACAAUGUCAGAGCAUUUUGACAAUGAAGAGGAUGUGGAUGUCUCCCAAAGCUUAUCAGCAGCUCCAAGGCAGAUGGUGGAGAAACAAUUAACCACACAAAAAGUUCCAGCAAACUUCCUCCCCCAGGCAGAACUUACAGCUCGUGGACAGAAGAAAGAUGACAAGGAGGAUAUUUCUGGAAAUGCACCCCUGAAGGUAACAAGAACAAAACCCAACACUGCUAUCCCUGGAGAGGAAACAAGAAAGCCAGCAAGAGGGUCGCAACUUGUAGCAGCUCAACUUAGUGUUCUCCUUGGAUGUUCUGCUGUCCUUGGCAUGGUCCUGGCUAUUGGUCUACGUUGCAUCCAUUCCCAGUAUUGCCACAAGCGAACAGAAGUGUCCUUCAGUGAGCCAGACAACAAUGUCAUUGCACUCCGAGAGAGUGGGGAGAUGAUGCAUUUCAGAAAGAUACGAGAAAACAGUUUUGUCCUGGUACAGGCAGAGUACAACUGGAUCAGCCCACCAAACAGUGGGAAGAAAGCUGUCAUCUAGGUACCUGCUGGCCCAUGUUUUUCUAUUAUAGGUCAGAUGGUUUCAUCUGUAGGCUUGUGGUAGAAAUUAAUUAGAACACAGAAAACUAUCUUGGAGCAACUGCACAUAUAACCAUCUAAGCAAAUAUAUUCAGUAUAUGCAUGUUUUGAUUGCAGUUCAGAUGCAUCUUAACUACAUUACAGAUGUUAUGAAAUGUAGAUUUUCUUAGUUUCAGAGAUAAUGAAAAUAUGAUGAGACAUUUUGUUUAAAGUGUUAUACUUAAUGCAAUUAAUAUUGCAUACCUGCUCAUUAAACUGGGCUGUUGUAGCCAUUACGUUUCCUUUGUUGCCUUAAGGUACAAUCAGAAAUAGAAAUCCUUCCUCUGCAA